AUGCCAUCAGGACAUCAGUAUAUGGCUUCGUCGAAAACCUCUGUCCAUAAACUUCCCACUGAAAUCCUCGCCAAAAUCUUCGCUUUGCUCGCAGUCAUCGAUCCGCCGCGCCGUUAUACCGAGGCAGAGCGCAAAUCGCUCAUGUUCGAUGAAGAUGGUCACUUCAAAGCCUAUGAUAGAUCGAGUAUAAGAUCGCCUAUACACUGGAUCGAGAUUACACACGUUUGCCGUUACUGGAGGGAGAUUGCUCUGUCGCAAUGCUCUUUGUGGAUGCAUCCCCUUCUUCAUCUCGGACCAGAGUGGUAUUUGACAUUCCUUCGGCGAGCAGGAUCAGCACCCUUAACCAUAGAACUCGCGGACUAUUGUCGCAGAAUGGUUCUCAGAUCCUCGUGCAUUGUCCCCGACGCCGUCUUUGACGCUGUUCUCGGCCAGAUGGACCACGUCGAAGUACUCAAGAUCAGCUCGCCUGCUCAUCCGGACGAACUCUCAAUCUUCGCGUCGUACACCACCCCUUCCCCGAUGCUUCAAACCCUCGAGAUCAAGAACCAUUCCUCCAAGUUUCCUAUCUACCUGAGGUCCUCGUCCAUCGAUUAUCAUCCUCCCAAGAAAGGAGAACUACCCCCUCCCGAGACCAUCUUCCUGGGCGCCGACUUCCCUCGCCUUCAAAACGUCACCCUGCAUGGCAUAUCCGACGACUGGCUUUCCAUGUCAUUCCGCAAUCUUGUCAAGUUGGACGUCGCGCACACUGAGUACAUCGAAUCGUACGACCCGCUCCUCGAUAUCCUUGAGAGCAGUCUUGGUUUGGAGUUUCUCAGUAUCGUCCAUGCGCUGCCGCACCAUUGCGUUUCAUUCGUCGAGAGACCGCACCGUGUCGUCCUUCCGAAUCUAAAGGCUAUCACGCUCAGCAGCAACUACGACACCUGUACUGCAAAUGUUUUGCGUUCUAUCGAGAUGUCCGCCACUGUGCGCAUCAGGCUCUCUUUCGUCAAGCCUACCUCCGACAAAUACACCGCCCUCUUUGCCGAGCUUCGAGCACAUUUCUCCCGCAGUGAUCCGCCCAGCUUCCAACAUCUCAAAAUAUCGGCUUCGUCGCACGAGCUUCUGAUCGGAGGCUCCUGGCCGUCUUCGCUGACGGGGCUGGAUAUGGACGAGUUCGGGAUACACAACAAAGAGCCGACUUCGUUCUUCUUCAGCACACCCUUCCAUUUCGACCCAGAAGGCGUCAUUCGGACAGCCUUUGACGGGUUUCCCCUCAACUGUGUCAAAACCCUCAUCCUCCACGACGCGAACUCGUCAGAGCUUUGGGACCACGUCCUUACUCGCCCAGGUUUCUACCAUGUCACACUUAUCUGCAUCGAAGACGACUUCCUACGCUCGCGGCCUGAUCUGCAUAGUUCCCUCACGGCCAUGGGCGAAUACGACAAGAAUACACAUAUUUUCCCGAAGCUGCAGAGGAUAGACAUACGUAAGGAUGAUCUUAUUAUUGGAAGGCCGAAAAACGCUGGGCAGAGUGGUCAGGCAACAUUACUGGCGAUGUGUAAGCGGAGGUAUGGGACGGGUUCGCCGGUGAAGACGGUGCGGAUAGUAGAUUGCAAGGUUAGAGGUGAUAGUGUCACGAAGUUGAGGGAGGUUGGACCAGAGGUAGAGCAGGUAAAGGUGACCGAUAGGCCCAAGUCAAAAACGGCCCGGUUGAUACAGCAGUUGACUAAAGAUGACGACGACGACGACGAUAUCUUUUGAG